GUUGCCAGGCCAUGUCACAUGUUCCUCUUGUGGAUCAGUUCUCCUCUCAUGUCCCAGGUUAUGUAUUCUUUGUUUCUUUUUUAUCCUGUGAUAUUUAGUUUUGUUUAGGUUAUCUAGUCUUGUGAGCCAGUAGUCCUUGUCAGGGGUCGCAACAGCCAAUGAUUUGCAGGAUAGAUUUGGCAAGAUUUUAAGCCGGAUGCCCUUUCUGAUGGGGAGAUGUCCCAUAAAUACAAAUGUUUCUUGCUAAACCAGGACCAAAAUUCACUUUUAAACUUAUCUACCACCUCCUCCAUUCUCUUAACAAAUGUAUCAUUAUCUACAAAAUAUUGAGGCUAAUUGGCCUUACAGUAACUGUUUUUACCACUUUAUGUAAUAUAUUCCAAGGGCCUCAUGUUAUUUUUAUUAUCCUCUAAUAAUUUAGAGUAAUAUCGCUUCUUACAACUCCUCAUUAUCUCAGUUAAUCUUUUCUUAUAAGUCUUAUUUUUUUCUUCUGCCUUCUUCAAUCUAUACUUCAUGUAUUCUUUAUAUAACUCAUUCUUCUUUUUACAUGCAUUCUGUAGUCCCUUACUCAUCCAUAGUUUCCCACUGUAACUCCUUUAGUUUUUUUAUAUGUGAGAACAGGCAAGAUGUAGUACCCAAAAGCACAGAGCAAGGCAGAUGACAGUUUACGAGAUUUUAAUAAGAACGGGAUGGUCAGACAAAGGUCGGUACACAGGCUGGCAGCGAUGACAGGGGUCAAGAGCACUGCAAACAGAGUCGAGGGUGGCAAGACAGAGUCAAAAACAGAAACAAGGUUCAAGGUGAAACAAACACAACUAGACAUACAGGAAAUGGACUGGAAGUGCCAAAAUAAAAUAUAUCCCUCGGCACCCGGGCCCGCAACACGAGGCCGGCAAUUGGUGAGGGUUGGCAAAAAAGAGACCACCCAGGCAGUGGAUCCACGUACCCCGGGCAGAAAACGGGGCCCCUAACAAACCAACCGCAGCACACGCAUACAAACACACACUACCACAAACUCUCUCACAAAGAACUUUUUAAUCAUACGUGAACCCAUGUACUUUCACACCCACACCAUUCACUUGUUCUCAGUCAUGGGGAGGGUUGGUUGCUGGCCGGCUGCCCGUGUGGCCUCAGGCAAGGAGAGCAGCACCUCCUGAGGCCACAGUAGGCAAGGCCACAGGCGUCACCCCAGGCCCCAGUGAGAGAGUCCGGCCUCAGGCCUUAAAUACAUGUGUAUGUGAUAAGGUAUGAGGAACUUUGGGAGACUGCCGGUUCCCUGAGGGGUCCAGCAGACAGAGAAGGAGGAGGUAAAACCGUGAAUGAUAAAACCCUUGUAUGACUCAGACGUUGGUCAGAAGGCUGCAUGUGUGAGCAGCUUCUCCUCCUCUUUCCAGUGAUGGAGACACUGAAAGAUGUUAAACUGUGCUUUCCACAGCUCAACACUUCUUGCAAAAGGCACAGUCACACUCACACUGAGGCAAUGCUCAUUUACACUCUGCUGCCGUCCAUGUCUGUGCUCACUGCAUUUCUCAACCUGCUGAUCAUCAUCUCCAUCUCUCACUUCAGGCAGCUCCACACUCCCACCAACCUCCUCCUCCUCUCUCUGGCUGUCUGUGAUUUUCUAGUUGGACUUAUCGUGAUGCCGUUUCAGAUCCUUUUAACAGAACCCUGCUGGUUUCUAGGUGACCUGAUGUGCACUCUGUUUUAUUUUGUUUCUUUUCUUACUGUUUAUUCCUCAGUGAUUAUCAUGGUGCUUAUCUCAAUUGAUCGUUACGUCGCCAUCUGUCAUCCUCUGAUUUACCCCAUCAAUGUUACAGAAAGAAGAAUUAGAAUCUCAGUUCUUUUGUCUUGGAUUUACUCUGUUCUCUACAGCCUUCUGACUCUAAAUGAUAAUCUGAAACAACCAGGGAGGUUUACCUCCUGUUAUGGAGAAUGUGUGAUUCGUGUAAAUGGAGCUGUUUCUCUAGUGCUAAAUUUCAUUGUCCCCAUCUCAGCCAUCAUCAUCCUGUAUAUGAGGUUGUUUGCGGUGGCUGUGUCUCAGGUUCGUUCCAUGCGCUCCCAUACUAAAGCUGUGAAGCUGAGGAGUUCAGGGACUGUGACUGUUCAGAGGUCAGAGCUGAAAGCAGCCAGAACUCUGGGUGUAGUUGUUGCUGUGUUCCUCAUGUGUUAUUGUCCAUAUUUUUGCGUGUCUCUUUCUGGCGCUGAUAUAAUGGUCGGUUCACCGUCUGAGGUCCUCUUGAUUUUCUUGAUUUAUUCUAAUUCCUGUCUUAAUCCUUUGAUUUAUGCUUUUUUGUAUCCCUGGUUUAGAAAAUCAGUCAAACUCAUUCUUACUCUUCAGAUUUUAAGGCCUAACUCUUAUGCAGGUAAUGUUAUUUAGUCCUUUAGUAAUGUUUUCUUAUUGUUAUUUUUACAUUGCCUAAUUUUUAUUUACUCUAUCAGGAGCUCCACAGUCACAAAACACUUUCCUUCUUGUGUAUAUUUGUAUUUUUAUACUAAUAAAC